AAAUAUUCAAUGAAUUACCGAAGUCGAAAGGAAAGGAAAAUUCCAAAUCAAUGGAGACCUUUGGAUCAAAAUGGAAAACUUAUUUAUCCCCCAAUACAGUGUGUCAGGGAGUAUGAAGAAAAAAUGAAGGAAAAAUUGGAGAGGAAAGCCAAAUAUUUGGAAUUAAUGACGGAUAAUAGUAUAACAUUACAAGAAUUAGCCGAAGAGAGAACAGUGAAAAAAUUCAAAUCAAAGAGAAGAGUUAAAAAAGUACCGGAAGAUCCGAGAAUUUUUCAAGAAGAGAUUCUACGAAGAAGAGAAGCGGAAAUUCCUCGUGAUAUUGAGAGUCAAUUAAGUGAAUUACAUUCCAUUGAGAAAAGAAAGCCAAUCGUUCGAGAGGAAGAUAUUUGUAGAUUAUUACAAUUGAAAGAUUGCAUCACUGAUUCUCAACUUCAACCUUACGAUUGUUCUAAUUUUGAAGAGAUACGCAGGAGAAUUGUCGGAAGAUUACGCAAACGAUCCGAUUUUAUCGCGAGAACAACAGAAUUGGAAAGAGAAAUUGUCAGUGACUAUAAAGAGAGUCUACGAACUGCGAUAGUUGAUUUUACAAUACAAGAUCAUGAAAAAAGGAAGUGCUUGCAAAUUGAAACCAUACCUGUUGAAUAUCCAGUUUUCAAUAUACGAGCACCUGUCCCUUGGCAUCAGCUGAAAGUCAUUUCCGAGCAUUUUAUGCAACACAAUCUUUUCAUAGGAAAUGAGAUUUCACGGGAAAUUCGAAAUUUAUGGGAGCGAAGUUAUAAUACAAUGAUGAUUAUUCAAAUUGAUGAUUUGGGAACAUUUCCGAUUCCAGCUUUAGAAAUACAAUCGCAAAUGAAUUCAAUUUGUCGAGAAACGAGUAGAAAAUUGAUAAAGGAAUGGCUUGCGAAUGUUGCUGAUAUAUUUCUCGAAAAAAAAGAUGCGUGGUCGAAUUAUUUUGAAAAGAGUUCAUUAGCCUCGUUGGAUAUGAUUGAAAAAUAUUUUCGCAGCAUUAAUACACUUUUAUCGAAACAAUUACGUUCAAUGGUGAUUAAAACUCUAAGGCACUUGAGAGAUUUUUUCGUCAAGUACAAUAAUGGAAAUAGUUUCGAUGGCGAUUAUCAGGAUUUAAUGUUUACUCGAACUCCUUUUAUGACAAUCGCAGUUGACGUUAAAUUUGGAACAAACGAUUUGAUACUGAAACCGAGUGUUAUAGAAAUGCAGAAAAUAUUAUCGGAAUGUUUCGAUAAAAUAAUUUCAGUCGCUGCUAAAGUUCCAAAAAUCGAGACAAUUUUAUUUCCCGAAUUUAAGAACGAGGGAUUUCUUUCACCUGUUUUGAGAGAAGAAGAUAAGGUGUCGAAAAUAGUUGAAGAGGCCUUGGAUGCUGUCGCCAUGAAUGUGGAUGGACCAAAUUUGUAUUUAAAAUCCUACGACAAUCUUUUGUACAUUAUCAAUGGAUCUGCCAAGGAAAAAUUGAAAGAAUAUUUUGAUCUCGAUCCUUUUCCGUCUUUACGCGAAUUCGGACACAAAAUUGAGGAUCUCGACGCACUCAGUCAGAAAAUUUCUCUCUUUCGGAAUAAGAUUCCGUUAAAUUUGAUCGAAAUGGACUGCUCAUUCGUGAACGAGUCAAUGCGUCGAAUUUUAUUCGAGGAUCUCCGAACAAGUAUCUGUGACUAUUUUCUAAAUGAACUGCGAACAAACAAUCAGCAUUUAUGUAAAAUUUUCGACGAGAUAGCAAGUAGAAUUUCAGGAAUGCCCGAAACAACACAAGAAGUUGUCGAACUGAUAAAUUAUCUCGUUGAGAGUCGUGACACAACGAUGUUUAAUUUACGAGGUGAUCUAGCACGUUCAGCGGAAUUAAUUUUAUUUCUAUUCAAUUAUCAUCCACUUGUUGACGAGGACAUUCAAUUGAAUACAAGAACACUGACAUGGCCAAAGGAAAUGGAGACAGUGAUGGAUCUCGCGAACGUUCGAUUGAAUAUGAGAAAGGAAUUUGUCGAAGGUGUACUUAAAGUGAGAAAGGAGAAUUUCGAGCAGAGAAUUGGGAGAAUGAAGGAGAUUUUGGAUCAGUUUAAGAAGAAGGAUCCGCCUGUUCUUCGUAUGGAGGAAAUGGAGGAAGCUGUCGUGGAAAUUGAGGAUAUUUCCCAACAAAUGACGGAUAUAUCGAAAGAGGCGAUAAGAAUUAAUGAGGAGGAGGUGCUAUUGGAUUUGGAGCUUAGUCCUUAUAUUACACUGCCGGGAAUGUCGAAUACGGUGGAGAUUUUCGAUAGACUUUGGCAUACUGUUUUGAUAUUUCAUCAGAAUUAUGAGAAAUGGUUUUAUGGACCGUUUGUUGGUCUUGAUGCGGAGGCGAUAUUGGAGGAGACGGAUAAUACUUGGAAAGUUUUGUAUAAACUCUCGCGAGCUUUAACCGAUGUGGCAGGAGCGAGACGUGUCGCCGAAAUGGUUCGCGGAAAAGUUGAGAAAUUCAAACAGUUCAUACCGAUUUUGCAGACGAUUUGUAAUCCUGGUCUUCAAGCACGACAUUGGGAGCAAAUUGGAAAAGUUGUUGGUGUGACGAUAGUGCCGACAGUGACGAGCAGUCUUUCUCAAAUGAUUGACUGUGGUCUACUUGUUUAUAUAAAUCAGCUCGAGGAAAUAUCGUCAGCAGCGACGAAGGAACACGCACUGGAGAAGAAUUUGAAGAAAAUGCAAGAGGAAUGGUCGCUGAUUGUUUUCGAUUUGAGUCCUUAUCGUGAGACGGGUGUUUCCGUACUCUCAGCCGUUGAUGAUAUUCAAGUACUCCUCGAUGAUCAUAUUCUAAAAGCGCAGACUAUGCGCGGUUCACCGUUCAUCAAGGCUUUCGAACAUGAAAUGCAAUCUUGGGAGGAGAAAUUGAUUCUAAUGCAGGACAUAAUCGAUCAGUGGCUCACUUGUCAAGCGACUUGGAUGUAUUUGGAACCAAUAUUCAGCAGUGAGGAUAUUAUGAGACAGAUGCCAACGGAGGCGAAGAAUUUUAGAAAAGUCGAUAAAAUUUGGCGAGGAAUUAUGACGUACGUGACGGAGAAUAAAAAGGUAACUAUUGCAACUGCUAUGCCGAAAAUGUUGGAUCAAUUCAAAUUUUGUAAUCAGCUUUUGGAUGAGAUUCAGAAGGGACUAAAUGAUUAUUUGGAGAAGAAGAGAUUAUUUUUUCCCAGAUUCUUCUUCUUGUCGAAUGAUGAACUAUUGGAGAUAUUGUCAGAGACAAGAGAUCCACAGAGAGUACAGCCGCAUUUGAAGAAAUGUUUCGAGGGUAUAAGUGCACUGCGUUUCACAAAGGAGGCGGAAAUAAUUGGUAUGUUGUCCGAUGAAGAGGAAUAUGUGCCGAUGAGUGGGAAAAUUUGUCCGGCCGACGCGAAAGGAAUGGUGGAAAAGUGGCUCUGUCAAGUUGAAGAACUAAUGAAAAGUUCCUUGAGGGAUAUUGCCCAGGACAGUGUAAUUGCAUAUUUUUCGAGCGAGAGGGAAGAGUGGAUUUUAUCAUGGCCGGGGCAAAUUGUCCUUUGUGCGAGUCAAAUUCACUGGACUUGUGAAGUAGUCGAUUCGUUUCAGGACAACACCACGGGGAGUGUUUUAGAGAAAUGUAGUUCUCAAAUCGAUAGAACCGUAGCCUUGGUGAGGGGGAAAUUGGAACCGGGAGCUAGAAUCACACUGAAUGCUCUGAUAGUCAUUGACGUCCACGCAAGAGAUGUUGUUAAAUUAUUAGUUGAGAAAAAUGUUCAAGACGAGAUGGAUUUCAACUGGAUUUCUCAACUGCGAUACUACUGGUUGAAUUCCAGUAUCACCGUUUCGAUGAUCACGACCGAUGUUGUCUACGGAUUUGAAUACCUGGGGAAUUCGGCAAGAUUGGUGAUCACACCCCUAACUGACAGAUGCUAUCGAACCCUAAUGGGAGCACUGAGACUAAAUCUCGGAGGCGCUCCGGAAGGUCCUGCAGGAACGGGAAAAACCGAAACUUGUAAAGAUUUAGCGAAAGCAGUCGCUAAACAGUGCGUCGUCUUCAAUUGCUCAGAGGGUUUAGACUACAUGGCAAUGGGGAAAUUUUUCAAAGGACUCGCACAAUCUGGAGCCUGGGCCUGUUUCGACGAAUUCAAUCGAAUUGAUCUCGAAGUUCUGUCGGUGAUAGCGCAGCAAAUUCUGACAAUACAGAUGGCGAUCGGAAUGAAAGUGGAGAGAUUUGUUUUCGAAGGAACUGAAAUAAGACUCAAUCCGACUUGUAACGUUUUCAUAACCAUGAAUCCCGGUUACGCUGGUCGUCAAGAAUUGCCCGAUAAUUUAAAAGUUCUGUUUCGAACCGUCGCGAUGAUGGUACCGGAUUAUGGAAUGAUUGGCGAGAUAACUCUCUACUCGUACGGCUUCGUUGACGCUAGGAGUCUAGCUGAUAAAAUUGUCCACACUUAUAAACUUUGCUCGGAACAAUUGAGUUCGCAGAAUCAUUAUGAUUACGGAAUGAGAGCUGUGAAAACAGUUUUGAUAGCAGCUGGUAAUUUGAAAUUAAAAUUCACUGAACAAAAUGAAUCUGUACUUGUACUCAGGGCGAUUGUUGAUGUAAAUCUUCCGAAAUUUCUGGCCCAGGAUGUUCCGUUGUUUAACGGAAUUUAUAGUGAUUUAUUUCCGGGUGUUGAACUACCGGAACCGGAUCGUGACGAAUUGAUUGAAUUGCUGAAGAGUAAUUUGAUGAAAAGAAAUCUUCAACCUACACCUUGGUAUAUUGGGAAGAUUGUUCAAAUUUAUGAGAUGAUUCUAGUUCGUCAUGGAUUGAUGAUCGUUGGCGAACCUUUGGGCGGAAAGACGCAGGCUUAUCAAACUUUAGCUGCAGCUCUCGGAGAUCUUUUCGUCGCCUCAAGUCAAAUUUACGCCAAGAAACCAGUCAUGCGAGAAUUUCGGACAAUCUACAGAAUUAUCAAUCCAAAGGCAAUAACACUAGCGCAAUUGUACGGAAGUUUCGAUCCAGCGUCACACGAAUGGAGCGAUGGAAUUUUGGCGAAUACAUUUAGGGAAUUUGCUCAAUCAAUGUCGCAGGAUCGCAAGUGGAUUAUGUUUGAUGGACCAGUGGAUGCGGUGUGGAUUGAGAAUAUGAAUACCGUUUUGGAUGAUAAUAAGAAAUUGUGCUUGAUGUCGGGUGAAAUAAUUCAAAUGUCAAAUAAGAUGAAUUUAAUUUUUGAACCGGCCGAUCUUGAGCAUGCUUCGCCGGCAACUGUCAGCAGAUGUGGAAUGAUCUAUUUGGAACCAUCUCAAUUGGGUUGGUCGGCUUUAUACGAAUCCUAUAAAAAAUCAUUGAAGGAAAAAUUACUCGUCGAACAAUUUGAAUUGAUUAUGGAAAUUAUCGAGUGGCUCAUUGAUCCUGUAUUGGAUUUCAUCAAGUAUCAUUGCAAGACUUUUAUUGAAACGUCCGAUCUUCAUAUGUUUUUGUCAUUCACGAGAUUAUUGAGCACGAUGUUAGAAGAAGAAACUCAAGUGAGCACCGUCUGGCUCCAGUGUAUUCUAUUGUUCAGCAUCGUCUGGGGAAUUUGUCCAACCUUAAUCAGCGAUAGUAGAAAAGUUUUCGACAAUUACUUUCGAUCGCUGUUGAAUGGUUCAAUAGAGGAAUAUCCAAAACCAAAGGCAUUUAAAUUAACCAAGCAGCAACUUUUUCCCGAAAGAGGAACAGUAUUCGAUUGGUUCUACGAUAAGAGGAAUAAUGGCAGUUGGAUUUCUUGGAUGGAGACAAUGACACCGCCGAGUUUUCCAGCAAAUGCGAAAGUGAGCGACUUGAUAAUUCAAACGAAUGAAAUGUCAAUACAGCAUUUCUUUGUCACGAAUUUACUGCAGCGAUCGAUUCCAAUUUUAUUCGUCGGACCAACUGGCACGGGAAAAUCGGCAAUUGUUUUGAAUUACAUGUUGACGUUGCCAAAGGAGAAAUUUGUGCAGAAUGUGGUGAAUUUUAGCGCACGUACGACGGCGGCACAAACGCAGGAGAUAAUAAUGUCGAAAUUGGAUCGACGCAGGAAGGGAGUUUAUGGACCGGCGAUGGGAAAGAAAUCGAUUUUAUUUGUCGACGAUCUGAGUAUGCCACAGAGGGAAAUGUAUGGCGCACAACCACCGAUUGAAUUACUUCGACAGUGGAUUGAUCACGGUCAUUGGUUUCAUUUAAAGGACACGACGAUGCUGUAUCUUGUUGAUAUUCUCCUAGUUUCUGGAAUGGUACCACCAGGUGGUGGUUCAAAUCAAGUUAGUUCACGAUUCACUCGACAUAUGCAUAUUGUGGGUAUUGAUUCAUUUGAAGACGCGACGAUGACAAGGAUAUUUUCCUCAAUUCUCGAAUGGCAUUUUGCUAAAGGCUUCGAUGGAAAUGUUUCAAGAUUGACGAAAAUGGUGGUGACGGGGACAAUGCAAGUUUUUCAGGAGGCGAUCAGGAAUUUUUUGCCCAUCCCAGCGAAGAGUCACUAUCUCUUCAAUCUUCGGGAUUUCAGUCGGGUUAUUAAUGGAAUUAUUCUCGUACCUGCGGGAAGUAUGAAGGAUCCGGAUAAGUUAAUAAAACUCUGGAUUCAUGAAAUUUAUCGAGUAUUUCACGAUCGGUUGGUGGACGAAGAGGAUCGGGAUACUCUCUUCGGGAUUGUGAAGCGUACUUGUUAUGAACAUUUACGACAACCUUUGGAAAAAGUUCUGGGUAAUUUGCUCAGGGAGGACGAGAGCGUAAUUACGAAGUUUCAUAUUCGAGAUCUCUUUUUUGGUAACUAUAUGGAACCGGACGCGGAGCCGAAGAUUUAUGACGAAAUCGCGGAUCUUGGGGAUCUGCAAGAGAAAAUGGAUUACUAUCUUUCGGAGUAUAAUAUGGUGUCAAAGACGCCAAUGUCCCUGGUGCUGUUUCGUUACGCAGUCGAGCAUAUUUCGAGAAUUUGUCGUAUUCUCCUGCAGGAUAAUGGCCACGCUUUGCUUGUUGGUAUUGGCGGAUCGGGAAGAAGUUCGUGCGCGAAAUUAGCGACAAAUAUGUGUGAAUACGUGUUGCGGCAAAUUGAAAUUACCCGUAAUUACGGACAGGGGGAGUGGAGAGACGAUUUGAAGGCUAUGCUACUAAAAGUUGGAAUCGAAGGCAAGCGUACGACUUUUCUCUUCGGGGAUAAUCAAAUCAAGGAUGAGUCUUUUGUCGAGGAUGUUAAUAUGAUAUUGAAUAGUGGCGAUGUACCGAAUCUUUAUGCCACCGAAGAGAAGGCGGAGAUUCUCGAUAAGAUGAUGAAUACGAUAAGAGAUAGUGGAGCGAAGAAAGUGGAAACAACCCCAAUGGCACUUUAUAACUUUUUUAUUGAGAGAAUCCGGAAGAAUCUUCAUAUUGUCUUGACAAUGUCGCCGAUUGGUGAUGCAUUUCGCACACGAUUGAGAAUGUUCCCGUCGCUUAUUAAUUGUUGCACAAUCGAUUGGUUCACCGCAUGGCCCGAGGACGCUUUGGAGAGAGUUGCGCAAACUUUUCUCAAGGAUUUGACAAUAACUUCGGAGGUACGUGACAAGUGUGUUGUUAUUUGUAAACAGUUUCAUACGAGUGUGGAUCGUGCGAGUGAUGAUUACUUCAGGACGCAACAUCGUCGAAAUUAUGUGACACCGACGAGUUUUUUGCAAUUGAUCAAGUCAUUGUAUAAAUUCUACGGACAGAAGGUGGAGCAGAUAACGAAACAGCAAUAUCGUUAUGAGACUGGUUUGGAAAAAUUGGAUUUCGCCGCGGGACAGGUUGUGAUAAUGCAGGAUGAAUUACAUGCUCUGCAGCCGAAACUCGUGGCACAGUCGCAAUUGAGUGAUAAAUUGAUGAUAAGAAUCGAGCAGGAUACUAUUAAUGUAGAGGCGAAGAAGGAGGUGGUGGCUGCUGAUGAAGCGUUGGCUAAUGAAGCGGCAGCGGCAGCGCAGGCUAUUAAGGAUGAUUGUGAGAGCGAUCUGGCGGAAGCGACGCCUGCAUUGGAGGCUGCUUUGGCAGCUCUUGAUACUCUGAAACCGGCGGAUAUUACUAUUGUGAAAUCGAUGAAGAAUCCACCGGCGGGUGUCAGAUUGGUUAUGGAAGCUGUUUGUGUACUGAAGGGAAUUAAACCUGAUCGGAUACAAGACUUGGCGACUACGCAAACAAUCGAAGAUUAUUGGCCCGCUUCGAUAAGAAUGCUAGGUGAUAUGAAGUUUUUGGAUAGUUUGAAAACAUUUGACAAGGAUAAUAUUCCUCUGGGUAAUAUGAAGAAGAUACGGGACAGAUACAUGAAUGAUCGUGGUUUUCAACCGGAUGUUAUCAAAAAAGUGUCGACCGCCUGCGAGGGUCUUUGUAAAUGGGUGCGAGCAAUGGAAGUCUACGAUCGAGUGAUUAAAGUUGUAGCGCCGAAGAAGGCAAUGUUGGCCGAAGCCGAGGGAAAGUUGGCAGUUCAGAUGGAAAUGUUGAACGCGAAGAGAAAUCUUCUUCAGGAAGUUACGGGAAAAUUGCAACAAUUGAACGAUGAGUUUGCGGAGUGUAUGCGAGAGAAGAAGAAACUCGAGGAUGCGAUUGAUAUGACGAUGCAAAAAUUAGACAGGGCGGAGAAAUUAUUAGGAGGUUUGGGUGGAGAGAAGACAAGAUGGAGUCAAACUGCAGAGGCGCUUGGUUCCAGUCUUCAAAAUGUGAUCGGAGACGUUCUACUUGCUUCGGGAGUUGUCGCCUAUUUAGGAGCAUUCACUGUCGAUUACAGAAUUAAUUUACUGCAAGAUUGGCAUGAAUCCUGCGUGAAAAUGGAAAUUCCAAGAAGUUCGAAAUUCAGUUUGCUUGAGAUUCUCGGCGAGCCGGUGGAAAUUCGCUCGUGGAUGAUUCAUGGACUACCAGCCGAUAAUUUCUCCGUGGAAAAUGGAAUUAUUAUCAAGAGUGCCGAUCGCUGGCCAUUGAUGAUAGAUCCACAGGGUCAAGCGAACAAAUGGAUCAAGUCCAUGGAGAAGGAGAACAAAUUAUCAGUUAUCAAACUAACCGAUUCGAAUUACGUCCGUAUUUUGGAGACCGCAAUACAAAUGGGACAUCCAGUUCUCCUGGAGAAUAUCCUAGAGGAAAUUGACGCAAUUCUCGAGCCAGUUUUACUAAAAAAUAUCUACAAACAACAAGGAGUGUUCUAUUUAAAAUUCGGGGAAGAAAUUCUCGAGUACGAUUUAAAUUUCCGUUUUUAUAUAACUACGAGACUUCGCAAUCCACAUUAUUUACCGGAGACUGCGGUAAAAGUGACACUAUUAAACUUUAUGAUAACCCUACAAGGCCUGCAGGAUCAAUUAUUAGGAAUUGUUGUUGCAAAAGAAUUGCCAAUUCUCGAGGAAAAGAAGAAUCAACUUAUCGUCGAGGGCGCAAAUAAUAAACGUAUUUUAAAGGAAAUUGAGGAUAAAAUUCUAGAAGUACUUUCAACAUCGGAGGGUAAUAUUCUCGAGGACGAGACGGCAAUAAAAAUUCUCUCAAGCUCGAAACUAUUGUCAGAGGACAUUCAAAAUAAACAGAAAAUAGCCUCGAAAACAUCGGAUGAAAUUGAUGAGGCAAGAAAUGGUUAUAAAAUUGUCUCACGUCAUGGUGCUGUAUUAUUUUUUUGUAUUUCCGAACUCGCGAAUAUUGAUCCAAUGUAUCAAUAUUCACUGCCUUGGUUUAUUCAUCUAUACGUGAUGGCAAUUGCAAAUAGUGAAAAAUCAAAAGAUUUAGCUUUGAGGAUGAAUAAUUUGAAUGAAUAUUUCACAAAGAGUAUCUAUCGUAACGUGUGUCGUUCUCUAUUUGAAAAGGACAAAUUGAUAUUCUCACUUGUUCUCUGCGUGGGAAUUAUGAAAUCAGAGGGAAAAUUGGAAGAUGAUUUGUGGACAUUUCUAUUAACAGGCGGUGUUGCAUUAAAAAAUCCCUAUGCAAAUCCAGAUCCUUCGUGGCUGUCGGAGAAAUCCUGGUCCGAAAUUGUGAGAGUUUCCCAACUACCAGAAUUGGGGGAAUUAAAAAAAUCAUUUGAAACAUUCACCUCGAAAUGGAAGAUUUUUUACGAUUCAUCGAAUCCACAGGAGAAUCAAUUCCCCCCACCUUUUGAGAAUGAAAUUAAUAGUUUGAAAAAAUUGGUAAUUCUCCGUUGUAUCAGACCCGAUAAACUCGUUUCCGCUGUUCAGAGUUUUGUCAUUCACAAUAUGGAUCAAUCUUUCAUUGAACCACCGCCAUUUGAUCUGCAAGAUUCGUAUAAUGAUUCGAGUAAUAUUUCACCAUUGGUGUUUAUUCUUUCGCCUGGUUCGGAUCCAAUGACGGGACUGAUAAAAUUCGCCGAGGAUAAAGGAAUGGGAAAGAAGAAUCUUAUGUCGAUUUCUCUUGGUCAAGGACAGGGACCAAUUGCUGCCGAGAUGAUUAAUAAGGGGAUAAAAACAGGUGAAUGGGUUGUUUUGCAAAAUUGUCAUCUCGCUGAAUCGUGGAUGAAGGAAUUGGAUCGAAUAUGUGAUGAGAUUAUCACUCCAGAGAAUACUCAUGAGAAAUUUCGAAUUUGGCUGACGAGUUAUCCGUCGAAGGCAUUUCCAGUUUCGAUCCUACAGAAUGGAGUGAAAAUGACGAAUGAAGCGCCAAAGGGUUUGAAGAAUAAUUUACUGCGAAGCUACACAAAUGAUCCAAUAUCGGAUAUGAAAUUCUUUAACGUCUGUCCAAAAAUUGAGGAGUGGCGAAAUUUGCUUUUUUCACUUUGCUUCUUUCACGCUGUUGUACAAGAAAGACGGAAAUUCGGUCCUUUGGGUUGGAACAUUCCUUACGAAUUCAACGAAUCUGAUUUACGAAUCAGUGUUCUACAAUUGCAGAUGUUUCUGAACGAUUACGAUGAGGUGCCAUUUGAUGCUCUGCUUUAUUUAACCGGAGAAUGUAAUUACGGAGGAAGAGUAACUGACGACAAGGACAGACGAUUAUUAAAUUCUCUAUUAGAAAUUUUCUACAAUCAACAAGUACUUUUAAAUGAAAACUACAAAUUUUCACCGAGUGGAAUUUAUCAUCUUCCCAAAAAUACAAAUCAUUCCGAUUGUCUUAAUUAUAUUCGUAAUUUGCCAAUUAAUCAAUUACCGGAAGUUUACGGUUUACAUGAAAAUGCCGACAUAACGAAGGACAAUAAAGAGUCAAUGGAACUUCUCGAGGGUGUUUUAUUGACGCAAAUUCAAAUAACAAGCGCCGGGGCUGAAAGUGAUAUGGAAUCGAUUGUCUCGAAUAUUGCGGGAAAUAUUUUAUCAAAUCUACAAGAACAAUUUGAUGUGGAGAGUAUUUCGAAGAAAUAUCCUGUGCUUUAUAUGAAUAGUAUGAAUACAGUUUUACGUCAGGAAUUGAUAAGAUUUAAUAAACUCACGGCAGUGAUUAAAAGUACAUUGAAGAAUGUUCAAAAAGCAAUUAAAGGUGAAGUGGUGAUGUCAAUGGAUUUGGAGGAAGUUUUCUUCAGUAUUAGUAUUGGAAAAGUUCCAAGUAUUUGGGAUAAAAAAUCUUAUCCAUCAUUGAAACCCCUUGGGAGUUAUGUGAACGAUUUAAUGGCUAGAAUUUUGUUUCUUCAAGAAUGGAUCGAUAAUGAUGCGCCUAUUGUUUUUUGGAUAUCGGGCUUUUUCUUCACUCAGUCGUUCUUGACGGGAGUUUUGCAAAAUUACGCUCGUAAACAUACAAUACCGAUUGAUCAUUUGGAUUUUGAAUUUGAAAUCACUUCGAUGGAAACAACAGCCGAAACUUGUCCUCCAAGUGGUGUUUAUAUAAAAGGAUUAUUUCUUGAAGGCUGCAGAUGGAACAGAGAAAUAAUGGAACUCGACGAAUCGAAACCAAAAAUAAUGUUUGACACAGUGCCAAUAAUUUGGUUGAAACCGGGAAUUAAGGAAGGAUUUAAAAUUUCGAAUGUUUAUAAUUGUCCGGUUUACAAGACAAGUGCAAGACGAGGUAUUUUAGCGACAACCGGACAUUCCUCGAAUUUUGUCAUGUACAUUCUUUUACCAUCAAAAUUAGAGGAGUCUCAUUGGAUUAAUCGUGGAGUCGCUUGUCUUUGUCAACUUGAUGAUUGAAUUUUUUUUUCGCGAGGUAAAUAUAUUUUUUUUAUUUCUUAUUCUCUUAAAAAGGUAGAUAAUAAUUUAGAAAAAAUUAUUUC